AUGAAGGGCUUUAGGCAAAGGGUUCAUGAACAGCUCUCGAGAGCGAAGGACGGUAACAAGUCAUCUAAGAAGAAAGACUCGACCUCCGGUACCGCAUCGCCCUCGCAGGGCACGAGCUCGCCCGCCAAUGUCACGCCGUCCUCGUCCCAGACGCAGCUCGCCGACGCCCGCAAGAACGUGCCCUCCGCCGACGCCCAGCCCAGCAGCGGCUCUCUGCAGCCCGGCCAGCAGGGCGCGCCCGGCGCAUCAGCCGGCGCAAUGUUUGGUGGGCCUGGAGGCAUGACAGGCGGCGCGGCGCCAGCAGCCACACCCCACAGAAUGGGACAGCCCUUGGUGCCCAACGUCACCAUCAGCCCCAGCGCUCCGCAUGUUCCUCCUCCCGGCACGGCUGAGACGAUGCCCGGCGACCUCGCUCCUCCCAAGGCUGGCCAGAAGUCGAACGUGUUCGACCGCCUCCAAGCCACGCCCAAAGACAAUAUCGAAGGCAUCAGAACACCAAAGCGCCAGCACUCGUCCCGAUUCGACAUCUCAGACCAGCGCCAGCGCGAACUCGAGAAGCUGCCAGGCUUCCACGAAGUACCACCGAACAAGAGAGAGGAGCUGUUCGUGCAGAAGAUCGACCAGUGCAACAUCAUCUUCGACUUCAACGACGCGAGCGGAGACAUGAAGUCAAAGGAAAUCAAGCGCUUGGCGCUGCACGAACUGCUCGACUACGUCGCCAACAACCGACAAGUCAUCACAGAGAAGAUGUACCCGCUCGUCGUCCAAAUGUUCGCAAAGAACCUGUUCCGUCCUAUCCCUCCGCCAAUGAACCCUCAAGGAGAGGCAUUCGACCCCGAGGAGGACGAGCCGGUGCUGGAAGUAGCAUGGCCGCACAUCCAGGUCGUCUACGAGUUCUUCCUCCGCUUCAUCGAAAGCCAAGACUUCAACACAAACAUCGCCAAAGCCUAUAUAGACCACAGCUUUGUGCUGAACCUUCUUGAGCUGUUCGACUCUGAAGACCCGAGAGAGCGCGACUUCUUGAAAACCACGCUCCACCGCAUAUACGGAAAGUUCCUCAACCUCCGCUCAUACAUUCGCCGCUCCAUCAACAACGUCUUCUUCCAAUUCAUUUAUGAGACAGAGAGGUUCAACGGCAUCGCAGAACUGCUUGAGAUUCUCGGGUCCAUCAUCAAUGGCUUUGCUCUCCCACUGAAGGAGGAGCACAAGCUUUUCCUGACCAGGGUGCUGAUACCCCUGCACAAGGUCAAGAGCUUGAGCAUGUACCACCCACAGCUGGCGUACUGUAUUGUACAGUUCCUCGAGAAGGAUGCCGCUCUCACAGAAGAGGUCGUUUUGGGUCUCCUUCGCUACUGGCCCAAGGUAAACAGCACCAAAGAGGUCAUGUUCUUGAACGAGGUGGAAGACAUCUUCGAAGUCAUGGACCCGGCCGAAUUCGCCAAGGUCCAGGAGCCCCUGUUCAACCAACUGGCAAAAUCGGUGGCCAGUCCUCAUUUUCAGGUCGCUGAACGCGCGCUCUACUUCUGGAACAACGAGUACUUUUGCAACCUCGUUAGCGACAAUGUUGAGGUCAUUUUACCAAUCAUGUUCGCACCGUUGUACGAAAACUCAAAGGGCCACUGGAAUAGGACCAUCCAUGGCAUGGUGUACAACGCUAUGAAGCUGUUCAUGGAAGUCAAUCCUCAGCUAUUCGAUGACUGCUCACAUGACUAUGCCGAGUCCCAGAACAACGCAGGUCAAAGAAAACAGAGCCGACAAGACCGCUGGGACAAGCUCGCUCAGCUCGCCGAAGCACGCCAAAACGGGACAGCGCCGCCACACGACUCGGAUCCUCUCAGCCAGGGACGAUUGGAGAACCUACGGCUGCAGGACGACGGAGUUGCACGAGAGAGGCGGCCGAAGGAGUACGAGCGACAGAGCAGUCAGACUUCGGUACGUUGA